AUGUAUUCAAUUCACGCAUAUUGUGAUGGAAUAUCAACACCAUUCAUUUUUGCAUUACUUCCAUCCAAAUCAGAAGAAGAUUAUUUUCAUCAAUUUGCGGUAAUAUUCAGAAAAAUGAUGGAAUUUCAAUUAAUUAUUCGCUUACGAACAUUCACAAUUGAUUUUGAAUUAGGCGUUUCAAAGUUAUUCACUAAAUAUUACCCAAUUGUAACUGUUAAAGGUUGUUUAUUUCAUUACGGACAAAGUCUUUUUCGUAAAUUUGUUGAACUUGGUUUAAAAACUCCAUAUAAGGACGAUGAAAAUCUUCGCGAUUGGUUUAGAUCGUUCGCAGCAUUAUCAUUAUUACCAAUAGCACAUCUGUGGUGCGGAUUACAGCAUUUAAUUCGUACUAAACCAGCUUAUGCGAAUAUUACACAAUUUCCUGAUUAUUACCAUCAUACAUAUGGUCCGUUUGGUCGAUUUCCACCACAUAUGUAUAAUCAUCAUCACAAUGUAAUGCCUCGCAUAAUUAAUUAUUUGGAAGGCCGCCAUUCAAGAAUAAAAAAACAUGUAAAUGCACCACAUCCUUAUAUUUACGUUUUCAUUGAUAUACUGCAGAAAGAACAAUCGCUAGCAUCAUUAGCAAGAUUACGGGAUGAUACGGGUGCACCAGCUCCAAAACGAAGAAAAAAUAAGAUAAUAACAGAUGAAUGUUUAAUGGAAUUAUGGCAACGUUAUGACGAUGGACUGAUUGAUAUUCCAAGUUUCUUAAGGGCUCCUGGUAUGAGAUACUUUCAAUGUCCUUCCAAAAGUUGA